CCUGAUCUCAACUUUAAUGAAGCACCAGAAAAGACAGAAGCCUCCAUCGAUCGAUCUCCCGCGCAUAUAUAUAAGAGUCCCUCAUCACCUCGAAGGCUAGAGCAGCACCUACAUGUUACAACGAGCAAUUCAUUCAUCGUACACUUACACCUCGCCUCGAUCGAUGAUGGCGCCUGCGAGGCGUGGCGGCGUCAUUGCUGCUCUGCUGGUAGCGGUGCUGGCGUGCGGCGCGGCCUCGGCGGCGUCGUCCGGGCCACGGAAACCUCGCUCGCCCUCCAUGGUGUCGAAGCCGGGGGACCCCAGGACGCUCCCGCCCCACGCCAAGUACACGACCGUCGUCACGAACCGGUUCCACAAGCGCGACUACGAGAUCACCUGCACCACUGAGUACGGCUCCGCCUGCUACAUCAAGUGCCCUGCCCGGUGCCCCAACAAGUGCCUCGCCUACUGCGCCUACUGCCUCACCUUCUGCCUAUGUGAUUUCAUGCCGAGCACGUCGUGUGGCGACCCGCGCUUCACCGGCGGCGACGGCAACACCUUCUACUUCCACGGGAAGAAGGACGAGAGCUUCUGCUUGGUCACCGACGAGCGCGUCCACGUCAACGCGCGCUUCAUGGGCAACCACAACGCCGCCUCCGGGCGGGACUUCACGUGGGUAAAGGCGCUCGGCGUCACCUUCGGCGACGGCCACCGCCUCUACAUCGGCGCCCGGAAGGCCGUCGAGUGGGACGAGGACGAGGACCACGUGCAGAUGGCGCUAGACGGCGAGCCCUUCAACGUAGAGGCCGCCAAGAACGCGCGGUGGGUGUCGAAGGUCGUGCCGGGGCUCUCGAUCACGCGCACCGACGCCGCCAACGCCGUCACCGUUGAGCUCGACGGCGUGUUCAGCAUCUCCGCCAACGCCGUGCCCAUCACCGAUGACGAGUCCCGCAUCCACAGCUACGGCAAGACCGGGACAGACAGCCUCGUUCACCUCGAUCUCCAGUACAAGUUCUUCGGCCUCGCCAAGGACGUCGAUGGCGUGCUCGGCCAGACCUACCGGCCGGACUACAUCAACACGCUGGACGUCAGCGCCAAGAUGCCCGUCAUGGGUGGCACGGAGAAGUACCUCUCGUCAGGCCUCUUCGCAACGGACUGCGCUGUCUCCCGGUUCCGCCGCCCUAGCGCCGGCGGCGUCGUCACGUUCGCCUCGUAA